AUGAACUCAGUGGACGACUACAGAAAAUAUUGCGGAUCAAACCUGGUAUACGACGUCUUCACGCGGAGACAGCCUGUCUUCCUGCAGCGAAACCUUCGAAAAGUCCUCGAUCACCAUGAACACAAUCUAAACGUUCUCAACCAUCUAUCCACGGAGUCCACCUCGGACUUCACAGCCACAAAUAUGCUUCUGGACAACGACUUUCCUCGAUCUCUGCCUAGCAUGGAUAUGCUGUCCAAAGCCACGAAACCUAUACAGCAAACACUCAAAGUUCAUCCAAAAGGUAUUCUUAAGAAAAGAUAUACCUCCAACGGUGAACUUAUCAUGAAGAUGGGGAAGCGGGCUGCCAAGCCCGAACCAUCUGCGAAUCCGAAGUGGCUUCCUGCCCCUGACCAUCUCCAACUUAGAUGCAAUGUACAAUGCAACAUCCAGAUCCACAAUGCCGACACCGACAAAAGUGAUGUUGUUCUACACACCGACUCGCAUCUGGCUGAAUUGACCGAAGUAAAGGAUGACAAAGGCGAAACGGCUCUCUCCAUUGAUAUGAAGCCCUUCAUUGUCACAGAAGAGCAAAUGCUUAACAGCCAACUGGCAAACCACAACACAAACGGCGGCAAGAGAUGGAAANAAGAACGUCAAUUUCAAGCUACGCUCAGUCUGGUCAUUGACUGCUUUGAUUCUGAAGACGCCUCCCAGCUGUUCUCUAUAUUGGAUUUGAACACCGGCUCGGACACGAUUGUGCCUCCGGAACAGGCUCAGCUAAGAGCGUAUUGGACGCGGCUUUCUACCUCGCCAGUCCCCUCCGGACGUACCCUAUUUCGAUGUCGGCAUGACCCCGAGGACCAGUCUGAGCCGCCCUCUUUCGAAAGUGUGGAUCAUCUUUUGAAAGCUGAUAUCUCUUGGACUCCUGUUGUUAAAUCAAGCGGGACUCCGCUAGCUAUGUGCAACCAUGUCAUGCGAACGCUCGAAAGCAUGGACGCACUCCGACGACCGAGAACGACGCGCAAUACACAGACCUGCCACAUCACGUAUGUCUUUGAGGGAGGUCCGCUAGGGUCGAGAACUAUCGCCUAUACCCAAUUCAGUUGCGUCUUCUGCCCAGGCCGUCUGCCUCAUCCAACAUUUGACAGACUCCAUUUCCACUAUCUGAGCUUUCAUGACCAUUUCACCUUCAAGGUGCAUAAACCAGUAGCGACGGACUCUAAUUCAGUCACCCGUACGGUCCAGAUUGAUCUUUCAGCACAGAGAUACGAACGGGCUAGCGACAAUGUGUGCGAUGAGCGAGAAAUCACUUGGGUCAAACCAGGGUCUCCGUUCGAUCUGCAGAAAUACCUCUUGGAAGGUGGGUACAACACCUGGGCCAGCGGCAAACAGCUGCCUCUCAAGACCUUUCCCAAGACCGUCAAACCUGGCUGCAUGUCGAAAGGGAUUGCGCGACUAAAAGCACCGCCCGCUAACGGACAGUCAAGGUUGACGCUACCGGAUCGCCAGCCAAAGAGAGGACCACCUGAAGAGGUUCGGGAGGUGCUACCAAGAAAGCGAGAGAGAUACGAGGUUCCUGAUAUUCCAGAAGUCGCUGUCUUUCGCGCAGAGUCCAAACGAGAACUGGAGCCUGGAGAAAUGCUCAGUGAGAGUGACGCCGAGCCAGACGACUCAUGGCUUCGCGUCAAGCACAGAAUAGAAGGAUUUCCCCAACUCACCGGUGCAGCCAGAGAGUUCGCGAUACUCUUCGACGACAACUUGCAAGAAGAAGCAACGAGCCUGGCGAACAAACACGUCUGCGAAUUAGUUGUUCGAUUCGUACGGAGGUUUGCAGUGCGGUUAGGGCAGCCACAUCUUUUGCAGGAACUCAAAACCAAGUUGGGUGAGCUCAGGGCCAGGAAAUUGAUUCCAAUCAACUACAUUGACCAUUGUCUUGGCUUGGUUGCAGAGAAAGCACAGGUCAGCGUGGAUGACACCGAACAAGGACAGCUCAACAAUCUUUCGGCGGCCAAAGAAGAGGCUGUAUCCGGAGCCAGUCAGGUCCCACCAUCAACUGCUCAGCAAGGUCAUAACAGGCUAGAUGUGAUUAUGAUUGACGACAGCGACACUGAGCCAGGCGCCGAGGUCUCUCCAGCCGUACUUCAUCGAACCAAUGACGACGACGUUCAAAUGCAAGAUGGUGUCCACCAUGCACCCAAUGCUUGUGUGUGCGGUAAAGUGGCUUCGGGAUCGCGCAAGGUCAUUACUUGCAGGAACAUUACAGAUAUUCGAUUGGCGCUGUGA